UAUUUUCUUGUGGAAUUUAGCGCAUUCGUGACGUCAUCUUUACGCGCGCUGCGCUGGGAGGAGGUGGCGGAUGCUUUUUCGAAACACAAAGCUGUCGUAUACCUAGAACUUGGUUUUCCUUUCACACUGAGGAGGUUCAGCAGAUGGUGAGCCGCAUAGUGACCAGAGGUCACUAACUUUCUGCAGCAUUAGCUACAGACCUCCAAACUAUAUGUGACCUUCAUAUUUGCUCAGGAACAGUGGUUUUCAUGUGUCUGAAUGCAGCUAAAAAGCAGCUGUCAGGAUGCCAAAGAAGUUCCAGGGUGAGAACUCCAAGGCAGCCACUGCCAGAGCCCGCAAGGCUGAAGCCAAGGCAGUGGCAGAUGCGCGAAAGAAGAAGGAAGAAGAUGACGCCCUCUGGCAAGAGAGAGAUAAACAUGUACUUAAAAAAGAGCAGAGAAAGGAUGACAAGGAGAAGAAGCGGUUAGAGCUUCUUGAGAGGAAAAAGGAAAACCAGCGACUCCUGGAUGAGGAGAAUGCCCGGAUAAAAGGAAAAUCUCUGAAGGAGGCAGGAUCUGAUGGAAAAGUGACUCGUGCCCAAAUUCAGGAGAUACUUCAAAAUGAGCAGCAGCAGCAACAGCCGGACAUCAACCCAAAAGAAAAAAGCCACCUGGAGACUCCUCUGGAGGAGAAUAUUAACAGGGUCAUAGCUGAAGAAGGAACUGAGGAAGCCCGAACAAUAGAGGAUGCAAUCGCUGUGCUCAGUACGGGGCCGGAAGACCUGGACCGUCAUCCAGAGCGGAGGAUGAAAGCCGCUUUUACUGCCUUUGAGGAAGCAAACAUGCCCCGACUAAAAGCGGAGAACCCCAACAUGAGGUUGUCGCAGUUAAAGCAACACCUGAAAAAGGAGUGGGCUAAAUCUCCUGAGAACCCUCUGAACCGACGUUUUGCCUCCUACAACUCGAAGUGAAUUCCUUUUCUUUAUAUUGUCGCUUGCAAACUCUGCUUAGGCAAUUUAGAGACUUGGAUUGGAAAAACGAAUAAUUUCGCCCAAAAAAUGAGUGUCACCGAGGACAUCUUCAUCAGCAAGCACCCAGUAACACCUUUUCCUGUGCCAGAGGACUUGACUGUUGUUCUUCUUCCAAAACAACCACUGUUUAUCAUGUUUGUUCACAUGGCCUCUAAUGAGGAAACUCAGUAUCUCAUAAAUUAACAUAAUUAUUUUUUAGCCCUUCUGGGAAGGUGGGAAGCCAGAUGUUUUGGGAAUAACUUAUUAAAGUUCACGGCUGAAUCAUCAA